UCUAUUUUAUUUCGAUAAUACGUGAAAGAAACACGAAGGAUAAUUGUACGUUGCUUCACGCUCAUCUCGCGUUCGAAACUCAUUGAGAGAUGUAACGGAGAGAGAAGUGUCAGUGGCAUUCGAUAUACAAUGCAAGAAGAUAUAUUUCCAGCCGCAGAGAAAAUCCUUUCCGAUAUCGAGAACAUCCUGAAAAAGGAUUCCUCUGUAAAGACAUUUGAGAUCAUACCUGCCGAGGACAACGAGAACAAGUCGCCGGUAUUUCAUCAGGAAGAAUGUUUGGGUUUAGCCUCUUGGUGCGUGCAACCACUUUAUUGCUACGUACAUCGUCGUUUGUUUGAACACCGUCGAAAUAAACAUAGACGAGAGGAUCCAAGCAACGUUGCUAGAUGGCUAUUAGGUGCGUUGCUAUUAAAUCCAGACGUAUCGACGUUUUGGAAUAUGAGAAGAGAAUUGGUCAAAAAUUACAAAUUGGACGUUACCGAGGAAUUAGAUUUCACACGAUUGGUAUUAUAUAAAAAGGCAAAAUGUUUUGAAGCAUUUGCGUAUCGCCGUUGGUUAUUACCAUAUUUAUUAGACGGCGAAGGAAAGAAUUAUGAUCCUGUACCAACGGAAUCGCCUUUGUGCAUUGAAAUGGACAUUACUAGUACAUGCGCCGAUAGAUACGCAACUAAUUAUCAUGCCUUCAGUCAUCGUAGAUACGUUAUGGCACUUAAGGAAUAUCGCGGAUAUACUCAUCCUAAUUUCGAUAGCGAAUGGAAAAGUACUUUAACAUGGUGCCGAUCAAAUGUAUCCGAUUAUAGCGGCUUUUGUUACCGACAAUAUCUUUUGGAGAAGUGCCUGCUCGAGACCGACACAAAUACCAAGAGUAAUAUCUUCAAAUGUAUUAAAAUCAAUGAAUAUCGAUUACGUUCGCAAUUGGUAAUGGAUUACGUUGCCGAUUUGGUUCGUGUUAAUUCUGACGACAAUAAUUCUCAAAAUAAUGAAACUAAUGAAGACUUGACGUUGGACGAAUACGGUCCUACGCUUCAUAUUCUUGAUCUACUUCAUGGUAAAAGACGAUCCAGCAUUACCAGCAAUAACAUCAUCGCCGGUAACAACAAUAGUUGUAAUAACACCAGCACCAGUACCAGCCAUAGCACCAGUCACAGCAGCAGUAGCAGUACUACUACUACUAUUAUUACUACUACUACUACCAAUACUACUACUACUACUACUACUACUACUACUACUACUACUACUACUACUACUACUACCUCGCAACUUAAACCCUGGCAAAUAUGUUUUCAAGCUUUGUCCUAUUGGAUAGAGGAAUGUAGGAUCAAUGAAGACUUGAUUAGAUUGUACGACGAUCACGAAACUCUUUGGUAUCAACGUAGAUAUCUCGCUCAUAUUCUAAUACGCCUUAUCGAAUCCUACAAAAAAUAUUCCUAUUAUAAGUCUGAAAUAAUCGUUGAUCCUCGUCAUCGUAUCAUACCAAAUGAAUAUAGUAACGUCGAUGAAAUGGCCGAUGAGAAAAGUAAAAUCAAGGCUCUUCUCGUUGAAGCUUUCUUAAAUCGUACUCGUGACAUCGUUGAGUUAGCCAUGAAACGUGACACCCACGAGAAACUCAUUGUCGACAAAUUCCUAAGAUAUCUAAAUGACGUUGGUCUUAAGCUUUGAAUUAUCUUUCGCUAAUCUUAUAUUAUUUUCUUCAUAAUCACUUUGAGAGAUUUAUUCAUUAUAGUUUUCAAAAAAAAAAAAAAAGGAGAAAAAAAAAACAAGA